AUGAAGGAAGGUCUGAGAGCGCGAAUCCGCGUGUGUGAGGCCUCUCAGAAACGGCAUCACAAACUAGCCGGCUCUCGAAAGACUGUCUUCUCGAGGGCCUUCGCUUCACAUGACCACCUUCGGGCCAAGUUGCCGAGGCAGUGCAGACCAGUUCGGGUUUCCAGCUUCCUCUUUCUACCUCGACAACGUCGAAUCUGCAUUCCUUUCUCGUCCAGACUGUCUUGCGGCAAUCCAAAAAGUACCGAAUCUGCCAAAAUUGCCAUUAUGAUUGUACUGACAUCGCCUCACCGGGGGCAAGGAUUUGGGGAGACAGGACAACCUCCUAUCCCCAUCGAGCUGGCCAACAGCCCGGCAUAUAAGUCAUUCGGUUUGUGGCUUGCUCUGUCCAUCAUCAGGCCAGUCUGCAAAUGCGUGUCUGCAUCUGUCGCCGUGCACGUUAGUCUGUAUCCAUUCCGACAACCCCAGUGUCGCUGUGUCGGCCACAAUUUGUCGAUACGCGGAAGAGAGGCGAGGACUUCAGGUGGGUUGAUGAUACCUCCUCGCGGGGCUCGAGACCACGGGCCGACCGUCUGA